UUUUGUGUAUAUUUUUCAAUAAAUACUGUUAAAAAUGGUACCAUCAGACUUCAACGGACCUCUCUAUCUUUGCUGGUAAGUAACCCAGUUAUGGGGUACGUAACAACUUGGGGUUCUCGUCUUGAGAUUUGACAUCAAAUUGGGAGGCCAGUGAAUCGGGAAAAGGAGUCCAAACUUGCAUCUGGUACACGGGUAGCCAGACGGGAAACCAGCAAAGAUGGAUGUGGAUGAAUUUAUAGAAAACCCGACUCUGGAACCGCUAGAGGCGGCCACCAAAUUGGACUUGAUAAAUAUGGCGAAGGGGCUAAAUCUCGCAGAGGUGAGGUUGUCAAUGAAAAAGCCAGAGGUGCGAAUGGCCAUAACUCAGUAUUGUAUUGUGAAGAAUGUGUUUACAGUUGAGGUAUUGGAAAAUAUCCCUGAAAAGGUACCAGCUAGUGGGACGGCUCAAUUAUAGUUUGAGAAAUUAAGGUUGGAAUAUGAAAUUAAAUUAAAGCAGCUGGAAGCAGCUGAGAAGGAGAAAGGCAGAGCUGAGAAGGAGAAAGAAAGAGCCGACAAACAAAGGGAGCAUGCGCUCCAGCUAAAGGAGUUAGAGGUGAAAAAAGAGCAGGACAGAGCUGAGAAGCAAAGAGAGCAUGAAAUUCAGUUAAAACAGCUGGAGGCAGCUAAAAAGGAAAAGGAGAGAGCCGAGAAGGAGAGAGAGAAUGAGGAGGCAGAGAAAGAGGCAAAAUGACUUGGAUAUGGAAAAGUUAAGGCAAGAGCGAAGAGCUCAAGGGUCAGACCGAGAGGAGCGUUUUAAUGUUAGUCGGGAGUUGAGGUUAGUACCUUCAUUCGAGGAAAGGGAUGUUGAAAGUUAUUUCUUGCUUUUUGAAAAGGUGGCAGUGUAUCAGAAUUGGCCCAAAGAGCAGUGGGUGGCGUUGUUACAAAGUGUGUUAAAAGGGAAAGCACAACGGGCAUAUGUGGCGUUGUCUAUGGAGGAGGACGAGGCGGAGAAUUAUGACUAAGUAAAAGCGGCCAUUCUCCGUACUUACGAAUUGGUACCUGAAGCGUAUAGACAAAAGUUCAGAAAUCUAAAGGAAGGGUGGAAUCAGAUGUAUACCGAGUUUACCUAUGAGAAGGGUGUGCUCUUGGAUUGUUGGUGUACAGCAGAAAUAGUGGAAGAGGAUUUUUGGCGUCUCGGGGAGGUAAUUCUGAUUGAAGAAUUUAAAAGUGGUUUUUCGGAGGAUAUCCGGAUGUAUUUGAAUGAGAAGCCUAUUACGUCCAUCUCCAAAUUUGCUAGGUUCGCAGAUGAAUAUGCCCUAACCCACAAGACAAAGCUUACCUCGAAUAAAAGUUCCCAGAGAGAUCGUGGGAACGAUAGAGAAAGCCCGCUGGCUGAGGCAGAGGUCCCGCCGGCAGUUACUGGUAAGAUUGGGGAGGAGAGGCAAGACAGCCAGAGAUUUCCAGGCUUGACCUAUUUUAAUUAUGGAAAGGGGGGACAUAUUGCAUCUAGCUGCUUUGCUCCGAGGAAGGAGAUAGGAAAGGGGAAAGCAGCAGUCCCUAUUGGAUGUGCCGUGAUAAUCAGUAAAUCGACAAGAGAGCCCUGGGUAGACAGAGUACGAGAAGGGUCUGAGACUUGUAUGUCAAAUGGAACCGGGUCUGUGAGAGAGGGACACCCACCAGUUCCCGUGCGAAUCUGGAGAGAGACGGGGGCUGAACUGUCAUUGAUUAGCCAUAAGGUACUGGAUUUUGGUUGCAAGAUGGGAAUGGUAGCUGUGAAAGGAAUAGGAAAAGGGAAGGAAGUGGUGCCCUUGCAUAGGUUCAUUAUGAAUUGUGAGCUAGUCUCUGGACCAGUUGAAAUGGGUGUGCGAUCAGAAUUCCCGAGAACUGACGCGGACGCCCUUCUGGGUAAUGAUUUCGCCGAUGGUAGGGUUUGGUCAGCAAUGAAGCUGACGAGACAGCCGGUGGAGGCCCCGCCCCAGAUUCCAAGAUCUAUCCCGCAUACGCGAUCACUCGCAGCAUGUCGAGAAAGGCAGCUGAGAACGAGAGCACUUUAAAUCCAGCCAGUAUCGAGUUGGCCGAGACGUUAUUCCCAACCCUGUACCACGAGGGUUUAGAGGGUGGUAAAACUAAGAGUAGUAAAGUGAAAGAGAGUAAGAGAGAGGAGGUAGACCUGCCCUUAGCGAGGAGAAAAGUUCUAGAGGCACGAAAUAAAGAUGAGAAACAGACAGAGCUGUUAAAAUGUCUAGGGUUGGACAUGGAUGAUCUGUCUGGUUUGGCAGAACUGUUUGAAGAAGUGGAAAAUUCUAACGGUGUUCCGGAUGAUGAAAUGAGGGCAGUCCUAGAUGAAAAGGGUACCCUUACCUUGAAGGAGUCUGCUGAGUUGGCAGAUGAGGUUGUUUCAACCCAUGGGGUUGAGUUUAUUCCGGAAGGGAAUUGCCCAGAGAGUAGCUGGGAGGAACAGGGGAAUUUAGAAUUUGGACCGGGUACGCAUAUUGAAAGCCUGGAAGAGGCAAAUGUCUCGUUUCUGUGUGUCCAAGAUGUGGAUGCACGUGGUACUGAACCUAGUAAUGGAGAUCAGAUAAAGUCUGAGGUAUUUGAUUCAGUUGAAAAGGAAUGCAGUUCUUGUGGGUCAGAUGGGCUUAGUUCAGUGAAUAAAGGGUUAACCUUGAUAAUAGUGGGAAGUGAGAGUUCCCAGGUGUUUGUGCUCGAAGGUGUGUUUCAAGUUAAUGAGGAGAUCAAAGCUGGUGAGUUGAAUAUUAUUAUUGAAGGUAAAGGGAAAUGUGUAGUUCCCAUAUUGAAUGAAGAGAAUUUAAAGGCUGUACUGAUAACAGAAGCAGCAACCAAGCUACAGAGACAAUGGCUUGGUACCACAAAGCCUGUGAAUCAAUUACAGGUUGAGUUGGAAGGUAAAGGAGCCCCACACGCUAUUGUUAUUCCAGAGUGUGGUGUGAAAAGGCAGAAAUUGAAAUGUUGUUUGAACAAAGAGUUUAAACUGAAAACUAAUAGCCUGAAGGGUCCUGAAGAGGAAACUAGCAACUUGCGUAAAAUUAAGGCAUUGGGUGGAAAUUCGGAAGAUGGUCUAAGUUUGGAACACAUUGUUGAUAAAAUAACUCCUAUGAAAGGAGCGGGCGAAAGCCUAUUUCACCAGGGUGCCCAAGAUCACCACGAGGAAAUUAACCGGAGAAGAGGCGAGGGUUAAUGGGGACACCAUUUUUAAAUAGCAGAAGCCGGUUUUAAGGGAUUUCGCCAAAGUAUGUGAAUAAUAAAGACAACCCCCAUGGAAGCUUGACUGUUAAUUUUGAUAGUAACAUAAAGAUUAGUAUUUUGCAUGAACUUUUGUAGUACACACAUAAGCUAAGAUCACAACUCUUUAGUUUUGUUUGCUGAAGGAAAUAAAUAAAAAUAGGUGGUGUAACGUUCUCCUUCGGGUGUAACGGAACGCCGAAUUCAACGUCGAGAUAAACCACAGUCAAUGAAACCAGUUUGCAGUAAGAUUAACCAUUUACUGUUCACUCUUCAUAUUAACAUAUGGUGAAAAAGCGUUGCUCUCACUGUGAUUUCUAAUGCCUGCAAAACAACUUCUGCUCAGGUGUGCCUCGUGGUGAGCCCCCACCCUCGCGUUAAUUUCAAACCGGUACUUUCCCACAAGAAGCGGCGAAACCGGAUGUGACGUCAGCGCAUGCCGAUAUAUUUUACAUGCAAUGAAUAUACUUUAAACACUUCUAAUUCUAACUAGAAAACACUAUCGAAUGAAUUACUAAGCGAAAAUACUAUAAACUAAAUAACUGUCGUAAAGACAGCAUACUCCCCGCUUGACCUUCGUAAGGUCAUAAUGAACAGAGUACAAAACUUAGUCUCUUAAUCAGUCAUUGGGUAGAAGUAGAAUAACUUCUGUAACUGGCCUUUGGUAAAUUUUCACAUCGCCUUGGUCGGUAGUCUUCAAUUCGAUCUUCCUGACAUGUCCAUCCCCGCGAGGGAAUCUGGCAGUGAUUCUGGCCAUUGGCCAGCGGUUGCGGGCGAUUUGCUUGUCCCUGAGCAGGACUAAGUCUCCAACUUGAAGAUUCCUGCGGGGUUCUGUCCACUUUUGUCUCUGUUGCAACAAAGGUAGAUAUUCCUGUCUCCAGCGAGACCAGAACUGAUUUGCCAGAGCCUGGACUUGUCUCCAUUGCUUUGUGUACAAAUCCUUGUCUGAGAAGUCUCCUGGUGGAGGAGGUGCUCCUGCCUUCUGUGUAAGGAGCAUUGAUGGCGAAAGUAUGAAGAGGUUUUCUGGGUCAGAGGACACAGGCUGGAGUG